AUGUACGGUCAACGACAAACAGUCAACAACAAACGGUCAACAACAAACGGUCAACAACAAACGGUCAACAACAAACGGUCAACAACAAACGGUCAACAACAAACGGUCAACAACAAACGGUCAACAACAAACGGUCAACAACAAACGGUCAACAACAAACGGUCAACAACAAACGGUCAACAACAAACGGUCAACAACAAACGGUCAACAACAAACGGUCAACAACAAACGGUCAACAACAAACGGUCAACAACAAACGGUCAACAACAAACGGUCAACAACAAACUGUCAACAACAAACGUUCCAUAG